AGUCCAAUACCAGAACUUUAAUGUCAGCAGAUACAAAAUUUAAUGGAAGAAAAAGAAAGACACCAACAUAAAGUACCCUUCCAUAGUCCCCACACACACUAAAACUCCAUUUUAUAAAGGUUUGUAUCACGCUCCUUGUUCAAAAUUGACACCUAAUAAUUUUAUGCAUAGCAGUUGAAAUCAGGACAAAAAGGCCACCCACUGAAAAACCAACUAAAUUUCCUUGGCAAAAAACCAUCUAAUCUCUUAACUUGUUAGAAAUGCAAGAAAACACAAAGCUUAUUAUGCUUCCCUUUCUUUGAAUGAAUUUCCUUCCUCUUACAAAAGUGUAAGAAAAUCCCACACUUUUUUUCAUCUCUUUGAAGAUGGUGCAAAGAAAGGUGGAAUUCAAUAAAAAUGAGCUUGAUGUUCAAGCUCAUAGCCUCAAAACAGAGAAGAAACAAACUAUCAUCAAACCUUCCCUUCAAAAACAUGAAGGCAAGAGCAAAGGAGCUGAUUUGAAGGUCAUCAAGAUGAAGAAAUCUCGGCCUACGAAACGUUCUAACGUCGAGAUUAGCCUUAACUCGUCACCAGAGAUUCACAAACCUUCCUUAGUCACACCAAUAAACACACCAAGCCCCAAGAAGCCAUCAUCAUAUAUGUCGUCUUCGUCUCCGAAUUAUAUGAAGAGUACAAGCAGUUCUGAGGCGAGAAAAGAGAAAACAACUCCUACUAAAUUAAGCAACACAAAGAUAUCUAGUUUAAAAAAGAUGAGGACCUUAAUAAAGGCUCCUAGUUUUAAACACACAAGAUCAGCAGGAGCCUAUAAAAAAGUAGUUGUACAAAGAGCUACUUGCUCAUCAACCCUGAAAGAUUCAAAGUUUCCUACAUACCUUAAACUCAAACCUGGGGGAACUGAAGCUGAAGGUAACUCAGUUUUUAAGGUCUGUCCUUACAACUAUUGUUCUCUUAACGGUCAUCACCAUGUCUCUGCACCUCCCUUGAAGCGAUUCUUAUCUUCGAAACGAAGGCUGAUGAAGACUCUGAAAGAUAAACCAGAAGUUUCAGAGGGAGACAUUUUCAUUGAAGUCUAUGUCCCACAUACAGAGGUUGAGUCUGAGGAUAGUGUUGAUCAUACUGGUGACAGUAAUGUAUUGUCAGGCAUAAGAUUCAGACUUGAAGAUGAAGAUUAUGCAGCAACUCCUGUUCGAAGACAGACAUCAGUUGACAGCGAGUUUUUUGGUGAAAAUUCGGACAUGGAGUGGGAAGAGGGGCAAAGUGUUGCCACCAAUUUCGAAUCAUGUGACAUUUUUGUUGAGACAGAUUGCAGUAAGGAGGAAGAGAAAGCAGGUUAUGAGUUGGAUAAGAGCGUUAGCGAGUAUUCGGAGUUUGUAGCUGCUGAUGAAUAUUCACCAUAUUGUCAGGAUGAAAUUGUGGAGUGCCUGCAUUUCACUGAUACUGAUUCUUUGCCAGAUAGUGAGUUCACUGAAACAGGUGAAAAGCACAUGGAAGAGCUAGUUAUGGUCACAGAUGAUAUGAAUAUAUCUCAGCCAAAUAAUGAGAGAGCUGAGGAUUUUCACCUGGCUGAUAAAGCAACAGUCCAUGCAGGACAGCUAGAUAAGUCCAAUGAUUUCCAAGCCAGAAAUCUGCCUGAUUUCCCCGUAGAAAUUACAUUAACAGUAAAUGAAGAACCUGACUCUUACCAGGUUGAAACUGAUGAUGAUGAAUCAGAUAUCGGAAACUACACAGUACGAGAAAUCAGAGAAGAAGAUGCUACUGAAUUCAUGGAAGAAAGUGAGCCAAGUGAGGAAUCAAAACUACCAAUUACUGAUAAUUUAGAAGCUUUUAUUACAAAGGAAGAAAUUUGUAUGGUGGAUAAUGAUGAUCAAGCUGCAACUGAUGAGGCCGGAUCUGGGAAGGAAGAUGCAAGCUAUUGUAAUACUGAUGAUGGGAAUUUCUUUCUAGUGAAAGGCGGCGAUAACUGUGUCAGCAAAAGAUCAGUAAACUCUGAGGAAAAAAAUGAAUUGAGAAAGGUAAAACUUCAUAUAGAUGAACAUGAUAUUGCUGAAGUGAAAUCAGGAAUACACAAGACAGAAGAAUCAGAUGCAGUAUCUGUUAUCAGAAACAGUAUGCAAGAUGCCAGGAAUCUGAGUUCCAACACAGGAGAAUCUGAUGCCAAAAUGGAACUCCUGGACAGCUGCAACAAACUAAAGAGAUUGUCGCGAUGCAGGAAAGCACAUGAAGAUGUUGAGGAAGCGAGAGAAUUCAACCCACGAGGUCCAAACUUUCUAACAGUUGAACUAGAACCAGAAGCAGAGAAGGUGGAUCUGAGGCACCAAGAGAUGGACGAGAGGAGAAAUACAGAGGAGUGGAUGCUCGACUAUGCACUGCAGAAGACAGUCAACCAACUUGCUCCAGCUCGAAAAAAGAAAGUGGCAUUACUGGUUGAAGCUUUUGAAUCAGUUCUACCGAUCCCAAAGUAUGAAAACCACAUCAGAAGACAUUCAACAGGUUUCGCUCGUGCAAGCCCUAUUCAAGCUUGCAGCUAAGUUUCUCUUAAGGAAGUUUUGUAAUGCAGAUUGAUAAUUGAUAGUAAGGACAUGAAGUUUACAAGUGAUCUUACUAUGCCGAAAGAUGGCAAGGAGAUGCCGCUUGUAAGUUAUCAUCCAGCUAAAGAAUGUACUGAACAUGAGUUGCUGCUCAGAUGAUCAGAAUUUCAAAUUAGAACUCUUUGUGUAUUAUACAUUAUGUAUUGACUUUGUAAUCCACUCUCAUUACAUUUACUGCAAACCUUUUGAUGGGAGUAAGAAAUUGAAGUUUGUGAUCGUACAACUUAAGUUGUGAUGGAUUUGUGAGAAAGAAGUUUUUCCCUCUCUGA